UUCCUCGUCCUCGGUUAGUGGUAGCAGCCCCCCGUUUGCGACCACUUGUCGUCGUCGCCGUCGCAAAAGUCAACGUUCUUAUUAAAUGAGAUGUCACAUUUGACGAGUACUUACGACUGCCACCCGUUUAUUUGGACAGGGCUGGAAGAAACCCGGUCGCACUACUGCUGGUUGGCAGGCCUCACAUCUGUCAGUCUGACACCACAAAGUGACGACGAGUGAGAUAUUAUUCUAGGUCGUAAAAAAUGUGUCAACUCAAACAUUUAAUCAGUACUGGACGUGUUUGCUCUUAGAAAACUUUUAACUUUUGGACGAUUUUUUUGUGAAGUGAAAAACACUUUAAAUAGUUGAGUUUCGUAAAGUGUGAGGCCAUUUUACACGGAGAAAUCAUUGAGAAAACGAGACACGGAUUUUUUAAGAUUUUACUUUACACGGAAGAAGUAUUAGAAUGACGAGUUCAAAAAUUUCUCCCAAUUUUCCAGCCUCGGCCUUUGUGGUGACCGUGUUCUGUGCGGCGGUGUUUCUCCUCCUUCCGGACGGAUCUUGGGGAGGCGAGGUGGAUGGUCAUCACGGAGGAGAUGAGGUGCAUUCUCGACAGAAACGGUUCAUCUAUUUCAACACCCAAUCUCCGGUCGAUAUUGGACUAUUGAUCACUCUUCCCCUGUCAUUUGCCCUGCCGACGUUUAACCUCAAGACGAGUAGGCGAUUUAGUCGGUCCGUGGGUCCAGGCGGGGAGGAAAACGACAUCAUGGCCAACCUCACCGCGGAAGAUAUCCUCCCCCUCGACUCCUUCGAUGAGCCGGCCUAUUCCGUCGAGCUGGGAAAAAUGAUGACAUACUUCACCAUUUUGGAGAUCGACGAAGACAUUUGUCAACAGCGAAUAAUCUGCGAUAUCUUCACCGAUCCAGAAAAAUUUAAACCCAUCAGUGACAUUUUCAUGCGGAAACUUACUGCUGACCACGGCCCAAUGACGGAGAAGAUGUCGAGCCGGUACUACCGUUACGUUCGUGCUAUGCAAGAGGGGAUGGCGUCUGGGGAAGUGGGGUGUAGAAAAGGGUUUGGAAAGUGCCCCUACUCCGCCGAAGAGAGACUUAACAUGCCUGCCCUCCACUUCUGGACGUAUUUAACUAACAUUCUUCGAAUGGAGUUUAGAGACGAGUAAAUUGUUCAGUUUCGUCACAGGGUCCUCGAUUACGUCAUUGUUCUUUUACUUUUAAUUUAUUGAUCUGUUAAUUUAUUUCAUGGUUUCAGGGUGGGUUAUUGAUUUUAUAUGGUAAUUUAUUGGUGAAAAUCAUUAUUGGUGUUUUUUUGAGAUACUUAAAAUAAAGUUGGUUCAAGUUAAUGAUUAUUAAA